CCCUGCACGAGCUUUUCAUAAGGCAUUCUGGGUAAUCCGCUCUCUCUUUCCGGUUUGUACGCCAUCACGUAAGGCAUCAUGGGUGCGUACAAGUACAUGCAGGAGUUAUGGAGGAAGAAGCAGUCAGAUGUGAUGCGCUUUCUGCUGCGUGUUCGUUGCUGGCAGUACCGUCAGCUCUCCGCCCUGCACCGCGCUCCCAGACCCACCAGACCCGACAAGGCACGGAGACUGGGCUACAAGGCCAAGCAAGGUUACGUCAUCUACCGGGUGCGCGUUCGCCGCGGUGGCCGUAAACGCCCCGUGCCCAAAGGUGCCACAUACGGCAAGCCCGUGCAUCACGGUGUCAACCAGCUGAAGUUCGCUCGCAGCCUGCAGUCCGUCGCUGAGGAGCGUGCUGGGCGUCACUGCGGUGGUCUCCGUGUGCUGAGCUCCUACUGGGUGGGUGAAGACUCCACAUACAAAUUUUUCGAGGUGGUCCUGGUCGACAUCUUCCACAAGGCCAUCAGACGCAACCCAGACGCACAAUGGAUCACAAAGGCUGUGCACAAGCACAGGGAAAUGCGUGGCCUCACGUCAGCCGGCAAGAAGAGCCGUGGUUUGGGCAAGGGCCACAAGUUCCACCUUACCAUCGGCGGUUCUCGCCGUGCGGCCUGGAGGAGACGCAACACUCUGCAGCUGCACCGUUACCGCUAAUAUGUGUGCCGAACAUCUGUACAUUCAUCAGAAUAAAGUACCUUUAUAUGGUC